AUGCAGUCCAUUUGGAUAGAAGCAAAGGAAAAGGGGAAGCCUGUAUCAGGCCGUGAGAUUGUUCAGACGGUCCUGAAGAAGAAGCUGAAGUAUGGAUUCAAGGAGAACCCAAGAUCAGCAAAGGAGCAACAACUCCAAGCGGAAUUGGAGGCAGCAAGAGCUAAAGCGGAGAGAAAGGCUAAGGAGUUUGAGGAGAAGAUACAAAGUCAAGAAGAGAAGCUAAAAAGCCAGGCCGAGAAGAUACAACUCCAGGAAGAAAAGUUACAGACCCGGGAGGAGAGGUUUGACACUCAAACAGAGGCGAUGAACCAAAUGAAAGCUGCCCAGCAAAAGCUACAACAUCAAGUGCUAGUGAUUGCUCGCCAACUACCCAGCAAAUGA